AUGCCGACGAUAUUGUUACCCGCCUCUGCUGCUGCCUUUGCGCCCCGAUCAACGUGCAACGUCGUCCUUAAUACUAAAGUCGAGCCUUGGUUGACGGCCACCCUCAAGAGAAUCAACAAGAUUAAGCGACCCCUCAACAGUGUUCCGCAACACACGAGAUGUCUGACCGAAACUCUCUCGUCAUCCAAUGCCAUUUGGUCAUUGUGUUCUCUGAUGCUCCCCAAAGCACCCGAGGCAGAGUUGCGAAAGGAUUCUAAUCCGCUGGUGGAGGCCUUGUUCAAUUACCAACUAAUUCAUAUCGAGGCGUAUGUUGUCCACGUCGACAUGGUCUCCCAGAACGAGGUCGCCUUCAAGUUGACACCAGACACCAUUGAUUCGCUGGUCGAAUAUCACAAGGAAGUCUUCUCCGUGGACACCGCCGCUAACACCUGGACCUGGUCUGAGAAGGAGCAACAGCUGAAGAAGUUGCAAGAGGAGUUUGUGCAAGCCGCAAACAAGUUUGUCUAUCGGACGAGCGCACUUGCUCUAGAGGGGAUGGAGGAAAAUGGCGCAGGUGAGCUUCUCUGUGGUCGAAGCGAAGAGGUUCGUGCCGCCAUCAUGGGUCUCUAUGUUCCACUUCUACCUCCUCCUCCGCGGAUUGUCGAUGUUAUCCGACCGACUCCUCUUCUCCCCAGUUCUACGGGCACCGAGCAGUGGUGGCCAUCGCAACCACCGCAAGCCAUCCAACCGGCCCCCGUUGAGGCCUGGAAGAUUGUUCCUUCCAGCCCGAGUCCUGUCUCAUCCUGCGACUCACAGCAGAACAUUUGGUCGAGUGUAGGAGUCAACGAUAUCCAGCUACCAUCACCCACGCCGUCCUUCAGCCAGCCUUAUUCUUCUUCGGCAUACAGCGCUCCACAAUACUAUAGCGCUCCUGCGUACAGCGCUCCAACAACGACGUCGUCAUUCACACCCCUCCCGUUGCCCAGCAUGUUGACUCAGCAACCCUGCAGUACGUCCGCAAGCUUGAGCACGUUUGGCUGGGAUCGGUACCAAGAAUACACGAUGCCAUACGCUACCGCCAUGUGA